GGUCGCUCUGCAUUGCGUCGAAAGCUCCAACUCCUCCUCUCGCUCUCUCUCUCUCUCUCUCUCUCUCUCUCUCUCUCUCUGCUUCUGCCUCCCUCCCUCCUCCUCCUCCUCCAUCCAUCCAUCCAUCCACGCGUCCACUUGCGUGUAAAAAAAAACGCUGCAGAGGAAACCUUCUCUGCAUCAGCUGUGCAUUUCUUCCUCUUUUUCUUCCCCCCCUUCGGCCACCCACCCACUGCGGCUCGCCGGCUCUCCGUCGGUUUCCGCUGAUGUCUGGAUAACGUCGAAGGCCGGCGUAUGGCUCCUUUAAUGUAGCAGUCCCCCGCACCACCCGCUUCCAUCCUCCACCUUUCCUUCCCCUCCCCCUUUUGAAAUGCAGCGUAAAAAAAACACAUCGGCAAAAAGCCACAUCUCCUCCCGCAGUGCACCGUGAGGGAGCUCCAGCCUGCAUCCUGCCUCCUCGUCCUCCUCCUCCUGCGUCCCGGCAGCCAUGUAAUUGUUUUCUUAUUGUUGUUGUUGUUGUUGUUUUCCCCCUACCAUCUUGCUACUGGACGGGAGCUGCCAUGUGAGACACUUCACAUGGGCGCAUCGACCGGAGCCCAGGACGCGUCGGAGACCCCGCCAUCCGCCAACGGCCCCCCGAGAGGCAGCGGUGUUGGAGAGCAGCAAUGGUCCAGUCAGCGAGAACCGCAGUGGAGCCACACUGAGGCAGAUUCAGCCAACCGGCCCCUCGUGUCCCGGGGGCGGUUGGACGUUCCGAGCACUUUAAGGGGCGCAGGAAGCCGAGGAGGUCUUAAUCCGCCCCGGGCCCGCACGCCCGCCCUGUCAGACUAACCGCAUCCCUGCGCCGCCUCCCCGCCCCCUCCGCCCAAAAUGACGGUGGUCUCAGGAGACAACGUGGACGAGACUUCGGCCGUGCCGGGCCACCCCCAGGACGCCUACCCGCCGCCCGACAACAACGACCACGAGUGCUGCGAGAGGGUGGUCAUCAACAUAGCCGGCCUCAGGUUCGAAACGCAGCUCAAGACCCUCUCCCAAUUCCCGGAGACGCUGCUGGGCAACCCCAAGAAGCGCAUGCGCUACUUCGACCCCCUGCGAAACGAGUACUUCUUCGACAGGAACCGGCCCAGCUUCGACGCCAUCCUGUACUACUACCAGUCCGGGGGGAGGCUGCGGAGGCCCGUCAACGUCCCCUUGGACAUGUUCUCAGAGGAGAUCAAGUUCUACGAGCUGGGGGCGGAGGCCAUGGAGAGGUUCCGAGAAGACGAGGGCUUCAUCAGGGAGGAGGAGCGACCCCUGCCCGAGAAGGAGUUCCAGCGUCAGAUCUGGCUUCUCUUCGAGCACCCGGAGAGCUCGGGCCCAGCCAGGGGGAUCGCCAUCGUUUCCGUCAUGGUCAUCCUCAUUUCCAUCGUUAUAUUUUGUUUGGAGACUCUACCGCAGCUCGAGGAGGUACCCCCCCUGGAGACUGUAGGCAACACCACCAUCUACUACAAGCCAAACAUCCUCACAGACCCCUUCUUCAUCAUCGAGACCCUCUGCAUCAUCUGGUUCUCCUUCGAGUUGAUAGUACGCUUUGUGGCGUGCCCCAGCAAACCGGCCUUCUUCAAGAACAUGAUGAACACCAUUGACAUUGUGGCCAUCAUCCCCUACUUCAUCACGCUGGGCACCGAGCUGGCCGAAGACCCCGACACCGAGGGGGUUGGGGAGCAGGCCACGUCUCUGGCCAUACUCAGGGUGAUCCGUCUGGUUCGGGUCUUCCGGAUCUUCAAGCUUUCCCGACACUCCAAAGGACUGCAAAUUUUGGGGCAGACGCUCAAAGCCAGCAUGCGAGAGCUGGGACUGCUCAUCUUCUUCCUCUUCAUCGGCGUCAUCUUGUUCUCCAGCGCCGUCUUCUUCGCCGAGGCUGAGGAGCAGGGUUCCUAUUUCAGAAGCAUCCCCGACGCCUUCUGGUGGGCGGUGGUGUCCAUGACCACCGUGGGCUACGGCGACAUGGUGCCGGUCACCAUCGGGGGCAAGAUCGUGGGAUCUCUGUGCGCCAUCGCUGGCGUGUUGACCAUCGCGCUGCCUGUGCCCGUCAUCGUGUCCAACUUCAACUACUUCUACCACAGGGAGACGGAGGGCGAGGAGCAGGCCCAGCUGCUCAACGUCAGCAAUCCCAACAUCCCGUCCGACACCAACUCCAGCCGUCGCAGCUCCUCCGCGGUCAGCAAGUCCGAGUACAUGGAGAUCGACGGCGACCUGAACAACAGUAUCGACAACUUCCGGGAGGCCAACCUCAGAACUGGCAACUGCACUAUAGCCAACCAGAACUGUGUGAACAAGAACAAGCUGCUCACAGAUGUUUAGGCGCCGGGACCGUGGUGGAGCGGACCACCCGUUAGCUUCGCCAGGGCUUCGUUAAGGCCUGCUGAAAACGGAGAAGCUAACACCGUUAGAGUAGACAGCAGUUAGAUAGGCUAAUCGAUUCUUCUAAUCCUGCAAGUAUGUACGCCCAAAUGAUCUCCUCUCCUAUUGAUAACCUCACAUAUAACCGACUAGGAGUUAGGAUGCAGAGCACACUCACGUCUUAUCAGGCAAAAGAAUGCAUGGAACACCGAGAACCAACACAGCGGAGAAGUCAUCGCCAACUUGAAAAAGAAGCUAGAGUAGAUGUUGGAUCCUCCGCUGCCACCCACCCCCCGAUCCACUUCCUCCCCGCCCCCCUUUGAAGGAUCUGACCGUUCCGCGAGAAGCACCUUAUGGGAGGAAGACCGACCUGGAUGUAAACGUGCCCGCUGGCUCCCGGGGGGGGGGGGGCAUCCGCGGCGGAACGGUGGGCCGGCCGAGUGAUCCGGAGCCCCCUUUAGAUGCAGCGCAGCGCCGCGAGCUUCACGCAUGAUGACUGACUUCCCAUUUUGACGCAUGCAACCGGACCAAUACGUCCUUGCCAUCACGGAGACCGUGUUCUGUCGGCGCCGUCCGUCGCCCGUGUUUUUGCACCAAACGCACCCGAUGAGGGUUUGAGUUGACAUAUUUAGAAAUAUAGGAUUUGAAUGUUCAAUCUUAAGGGGACGCUUCAGAAAUGAGAUCAUAGCAUGAGAAAAAAAAAAAAAGAACCUGCAUUACGGUCGUUGGACAUUAGGUACGUUUUGUAUGCUGGCAUAUUUAAUGCAUGACAUUAGUAAGCAGCUUGUUGCAACUCAGGCACUCUGCAGUGUUCCUUUUUUGGUCAGGGAAAGGAAAAAGAAUCCCCAAAAUGCAUUGCAUUCCCAUAUAUCCAAAGCCACAAUUUAGCCACUUUAAGAAAUCUAAGUAACCACUAUCCAAACUGCAUUUAACCAUAAAGUAAGUUCAAAUAGCGCAGUGCAUGAGCCUCGGUUCCACGAGAACACUAGCUUCCGUUUCCACUUCAGGUUUGGUUUUGGACGGCAAAUUGCCGACGCGCAAGUUUGCGGAACGAUUGGAAUUCUUCGGACGUGAGUUGCUAGUGCCUUUAAUUCCGCUCGCCGCCAGGACCAGUGGAAGUGCCUCUCAGCAGUUAUGGGAUGGAAGUGUGCGGUUCGGCUGAGCUGCUUGAGAUCUUAGUCGUAACAGGGAGAAGAAGACGAAGACGAAGAACGAUGAGCCGGACGAGUGAGUGAAAAUCAAAACAAAAUCAGAUCCCGACUCUCACGCACAAGCUGGUUUUGGCUUAAUGACGCUUAACCAAGCAGCGACGUAAUGUAUUUUCCAUGUUUACCGAUCCAAAUCAAAAGGGAAUACUGACAGGUUUUCACCAUCAUUUAUUCAUGCCCGGCCUUGUUUGUUUGUUUGUUUGUUUGUUUGUUUGUUUGUUUGUUUGUUUGCUCUGUGCAUCCUUCCAGAGUCUCUACCUCAGUUUGCCAGGUCAUUGCAGACUCGCUGCAGAGGCGCAUUCAACAUUCAAAGCAGGGUUUCCUUCCCUCCCUCCCUCCUUCCCUCCCUCCCUCCCACCCACCCAUCCUUCCUUCCUUCCUUCCUUCCUUCCUUCCUCCCUUCCUUCCCUCCUCCCUUCCUUCCUUCCACUCCAAACUGCAGUGGUGCAAUACUGAACGCGAGCAUCCCAAAGUAUCAUCGCCUUUACACGAGCACUUAAGGAGGAAAAAAAAGAGAGAGAGAGAGAGAGCGAGAGAGAGAGAGAGAGAGAGAGAGAGAGUGUGUGUGUGUGUGUGUGCACUGUGUCACCUUCACACUGCAUCUCUUCGGUUGUUGUUGUUGUUUUUUUUUGUCACUGAAGCUUCGCACAAUCAGAAUGUUGAUUUGGAGAGGGAUUGGUGUGACUCUCCGUCCUGAGGGACUGUUUUUUUUUUUUUUUUAACGUUAGUUCCUUGAACGCAACGCGAGCUCCCUGUAGGUGUGUGGGACACACACGCACACGCACGCGCAAGACACACAAUAAUUCACUGCAUCUCUCGGGCAUUCAAGUACACACGACAGUGCACAAUUUGCACGUGCUUCAUUUCCUCUAUUGGACUAUAGUUUGACAUUUUCAAGAAUGAUAAUUGUAUGAUUUAACUUUAUUUUUGUAGAAUUUUUUUUCAAUUUGUCACUUUUGGUCUUUUCAUUGACUUGAUGUAUUUUAUACUUUUGAACUAUACUGUAGUUUUUAAUUAUUCUAGAUAAGACUCACUGCAGCAAGGCUGGCACAUCACGUCACGAACAUCAAUUCAGGAAAAAUGAUUUUAUUUCGGAAUUAUUUGUCAUUUAUGCAUAUUUGUUUUUUUUUUCAUUUUGGUAUUCUUUUCAAUUAGUAUGUUUCAUUUUACUCGAAAAUUAAAAUUCAAUGAAACAAAUUACAUUCGAAGUUGAAUUAACAACGUUUUAUUUUAAAAUUUGUAUAUUUUUCUACAAUUUCCUUUUUUUAAAACCAUACUUUUGUAAUUAUUCCAGCUCACUGCAGUAGACUUAACGAUGUAUUUUAUGUAUUUAUUUAUUAUUCUUUUAAUUAUUCUAUUAGUUAUUUAUGGUUUAUUUUACUCUUUAUGUAGAUCAAUAUUUUAUUACAUAUAUUAUUGAUUGUAUUAUACACAUUUUCUAAGAAGAAAUAUACAUACAAUCAAAUAAGAUACAUUUAUUUCUUAAAUUACAUGUAAUCAAUUCUAUCUAGUAUUUGUUUUUUAUGGUUGCCGAUGGGUUCACUGCAGCUAGACUGGAAAUAUUAUUUGAAUUGUUCUAUUUUGAACUGGAUGGAUUUCUGUCUUUUUUUUGUAUUUUUUUUUUUUUUUAAUUGUUGUCAUUAUUUUCAUUUCCAGACAUUAUUAUUUAUAUUAUUAUUGUUGUUGUUUUGGUUUCGAUGCUAAUAAUGGAUGAUGAAGCUGUACAUUUUUUCCCCCUCCCCCUGCACUGGUCUUUGACGUAUACAUAAAAAAAAAAAAAAUAAUAAUAAUAAUAAAUCAAAAUAGCUUGAGUGCAGUGUUAUUUGAAUGUCACCGUCUUGCUGCAGUGGCCGCCCUUCAUGGUGCUCGGGCAGGAUCACAUUUGUUUUUGUUUUUUUUUCCCUUUUCCUGCUUCUUACAUUCAUUUUUGUUGUCAGCUGGACGGUUAGUUUUUGG